AACCGCCACGCCCCAGCCCAGCCAGCAUAACACCGCACACAAUUAGUCAACAAAAACCGAAUCUAAAUUUCAAAGAGACAGGGGCCCGAAGCCAACACAGCAUGAAUCAUCAAUUUCCUUCUUGCACUUUAUUCAUCAUAAAUCUCAAAGUUACUGUCCCUUUCGGUUUGUUAGAGGAAAAAAAUUGACUUUUGUUCGUGGAAUUGAUGUUUUCUGUUCUUCGAUCCCCUUUUUUGAAACUUCAUAGCAGUUUCAUUGUUUUAAUCUCUUAAAUUGCUGACCCUUUUGGUUUGUUAGAGGAAAAAAUUGAUCUUUUCUUCGAUUUUGUACGUGGGGUUGUUGUUUUCUGUGCUUCGAUCCCCUUUUUAGAAACUUCAUAGCAGUUUCAUUGUUUUAAUCUCUUAAAUUGCUGACCCUUUUGGUAGAGGAAAAAAUUGAUCUUUUCUUCGAUUUUGUACGUGGGGUUGUUGUUUUCUGUUCUUCGAUUCCCUUUUUUUGCUGACCCUUUUGGUUUGUUAGAGGAAAAAUUCGAUCUUUUUCUUCGAUUUUGUACGUGGGAUUUGUAUUUUCUGUUUUUCAACUUGAUAGCAGUUUCAUCAUCAUAAUCUCUUAGAUUUACUGGUCAUUUUGGUUUGUUAGAGGAAGUCGAUUGAAUUUUUUCUUUGAUUUUGUACGUGGGGUUUGGUAUUUCGUGCUCAUUUAUCCCUUUUUGUCAACUUGAUAACAGUUAAAUAACUGCACCUGGGUGGUUUUCAGUUUCGAUUUUUAUUUCCUGUUUUCGUUCUAUCAAUUGGUCGAUUUGAAAGGAAAGAAGGAGAAAAGAUUUCGAGAUCAUGGUGAAGGAGACUGAAUAUUAUGACAUUUUGGGGGUUAGCCCUACUGCUACCGAAUCUGAGAUUAAGAAAGCAUACUACAUUAAGGCACGGCAGGUUCAUCCUGAUAAAAAUCCAAAUGACCCUCUAGCUGCACAGAAUUUUCAGGUGUUGGGAGAGGCUUAUCAGGUACUGAGCGAUCCAUCUCAACGACAGGCUUAUGAUGUACAUGGAAAAUCAGGAAUUUCAACAGAUGCAAUCAUUGAUCCUGCAGCAAUUUUUGCUAUGCUUUUUGGAAGUGAACUUUUUGAGGGGUACAUAGGUCAGCUUGCUAUGGCAUCAAUGGCUUCAUUGGAUAUUUUCACUGAAGGUGAAGAUUUUGAUGCUAGAAAGUUACAAGAGAAAAUGAGGGUUGUUCAGAGGGAGAGGGAAGAAAAGCUUGCUGAAACUUUGAAGGACCGGCUCAAUCUAUAUGUACAAGGAAAUAAAGAGGACUUUGUUCGUCAUGCAGAAGCUGAGGUGUCGAGGCUUUCAAAUGCAGCUUAUGGUGUUGAUAUGUUAAACACAAUUGGAUACAUAUAUGCAAGACAGUCAGCGAAAGAGCUCGGAAAGAAGGCAUUAUAUUUGGGUGUGCCUUUUAUUGCAGAGUGGUUCAGAAACAAAGGUCAUUUUAUCAAAUCCCAAGUAACUGCUGCAACAGGUGCAAUUGCUUUGAUUCAGCUUCAAGAGGACAUGAAAAGGCAGCUCAGUGCAGAAGGAAAUUACACUGAGGAAGAACUUGAAGAAUACAUGCAAUCCCACAAAAAGCUAAUGAUUGAUUCUCUCUGGAAGCUUAAUGUAGCAGAUAUUGAAGCCACUCUUUCUCGUGUUUGUCAAAUGGUUCUACAAGACAACAACGUAAAGAAAGAAGAGCUUCGUGCUCGCGCAAAGGGGUUGAAGACUCUCGGCAAAAUUUUUCAGAAGGUUAAGUCAGUCAAUGAAACCGAAACUACAGAAAACGGCGUCCACAAGUUGGACGGAAAUGAACCAAGCUACGACUCUCGUUCUUCAACUGCAUCAAUACCAUCUCAAAAUAGAGAAGAGGUGCCUUAUACAGUAUUUGCAUCACAGAGCCCAUAUGUGGAGGCUCCACAGUUUACCGGUGGUCAAUCCAGCUAUAACUUCCCCAUGCCGACUGCACCACCUGGUGCACAGAGACACAGGUAGACAGACAAAUGGUGGACGCCGCAAGAAUUUGUGUAGCUUGUGAAUUUGUAGUGCUUGUUGGUAUUUGCUUAUUCUUAGGGGAAAAAAGAGGGAGUUUGAGUUUCUUAUGUAUCCCUAGUGUGCUAUAUUUAAAGCAUGAUUCUUGCUUAGCAGAGAAAAGCUUACUGUCAUAUUGCUUUCAUGAAGGACUGCUUUGUAAUUAAUAUAGUUAGAGUGUAAGUUGUGUGGCCUGUGAAUGCAAAAUAUUGUAUAUUGCAUUGGUCUAUUCUUCUUGUUGUAUUAACCAAUUUAAUGUUUUUGUUAUUGACCUAUUUUGCCAACUCCCUA